AUGGGAACCACCGAAGCCACACUCCGGAUGGAGAACAUGGAUGUGAAGGAAGAAUGGCAGGACGAAGCUCUGCCCAGGCCACUCCCAGAAGAGACGGGGAUGGACUUGCUUGGCAGCCCCACAGAAGACACGUCCUCCCCUCCCAACACGCUGAACUUCAAUGGGGCUCAUCGUAAGCGAAAGACGCUGGUGGCCCCUGAGAUCAACAUUUCCCUGGACCAGAGUGAGGGCUCCCUGCUGUCAGAUGACUUCCUAGACACCCCCGAUGACCUGGACAUCAAUGUGGAUGACAUUGAGACCCCUGAUGAGACCGACUCACUGGAGUUCCUGGGGAACGGCAAUGAGCUGGAGUGGGAAGAUGACACCCCCGUGGCUGCUGCCAAGAACAUGCCUGGGGACAGCGCGGAUCUGUUUGGGGACGGCUCGGCGGAGGACGGCGGCGCAGCCAAUGGGCGUCUGUGGAGGACGGUGAUCAUUGGGGAACAGGAACACCGGAUCGAUCUACACAUGAUCCGGCCCUACAUGAGGGUGGUGACCCACGGAGGGUACUACGGCGAAGGUCUCAACGCCAUUAUCGUCUUUGCUGCCUGCUUCCUCCCGGACAGCAGCUCCCCCGACUACCACUACAUCAUGGAGAACCUCUUCCUGUACGUCAUCAGCAGCCUGGAGCUCCUCGUGGCGGAAGAUUACAUGAUCGUGUACCUGAACGGCGCCACGCCCCGGCGGAGGAUGCCGGGCAUUGGCUGGCUGAAAAAGUGCUACCAGAUGAUCGACAGGAGACUUCGGAAAAACCUGAAGUCCUUAAUCAUCGUCCACCCAUCCUGGUUCAUCCGCACCGUUCUGGCCAUCUCCCGCCCUUUCAUCAGCGUCAAGUUCAUCAACAAGAUCCAGUAUGUGCACAGCUUGGAAGAUCUGGAGCAGCUCAUCCCCAUGGAGCACGUGCAAAUCCCAGACUGCGUGCUACAGUAUGAGGAGGAACGGCUGAAGGCCAGGAGGGAAAGUGCGAGGCCGCAGCCGGAGUACGUCCUGCCCAGGUCUGAAGAGAAGGCAGAGGCGGGGCUGGCAGAAGAUAGGUCUGCUCUGGCCACAGAAGAUCAGGAAACAAGGUGCCAGAAAAAGCCUCCCUGUGCGUCACGAGUCCUGGGGACCACCCUCAGGGUCCAUGGUUUGCUAGAAGCACUCACGGGACUCAGCAAAGCAGAUCUGCUCACAGUUAUGGUUUAUUACAGUGGAUGGGUGGAUGCAGCUCAAAAUCAGCAAUAG